AUGACAAGUGCGCAGAACCCGUAUCAUAGGGUGGCGCAGACGCUGCAGUACUGCCUGGAUGCGACUCUGCAGACGAUGUAUAAGCAGAAGCAUACGCAGGUGACGGUGCAUGUGAGUGCGCCCAUCAUGUUGGCGAGUGUCUACAUGUCUUAUGCGAUGCAGUUCUUACAAGCACGAACGACGGUGGGCAUGACGAGCUCCACGGCGCCUUCCGUGCUCGCGUCUGUUUCGUUGUCCGCCCACAUCUCUGACUUGAUGCAGGCCACGUUGGAUGCCAUUGCAGCGCAGGCCUCUGCGAAUCGUGUCGAGCUGUUCAUGUCCUCGGCGUCGACCUUCCUUCUCAUGACGACACGAUCCUAUGGAACGCAUGCGCCCCGCUUUGUAGACAAUGCUGACUACGAUGAAGAUGUGCCGUGGUACCCCAGCUCGUCAUACCCUAUCGCUGCGCUCUCGCUGCUGAUCCACACGUUCUCGUGUCUCGUACACAACACGGCCCAGGACUCGCGCGUCAUGGUCGAGCCUCAGCUCGGGACGCAAGCCAAUCAAAUCAGUGUGAAUGCGUACUUUGACGCAAGCAUGCCCGUGGAUGAGGCAACGUGGCCACCAUGGCUAGGUCCCUAUGUCGAUCUCCAAGCGGUUCUGGACGAUUUUGGCUUUGAACUGUCCCAAAUGCCCCUGUCCCGAACCGACAUGGAGCAGAACGAGAAAUUGGCAUCAUUUUCAGACGCUAAGCAUCCAACGCGCCUCAGUAUCACACUGGGGCGGCCUCUAGGCGCCGACCUACUGACGAGCGAAGCGUCCAGCGACCGCGAUGCACCUAUGAUUGCACCUGGCAUCACGAUGAUAUCCGUCUUGCCUAUGCUACAGCGGCACCGUGUAUAUAUGCCUUUCCCCGACAUGGCUCUAUGCCGCCAGCUGCGCGAAUACCUCGAAGAUUGGGAAUGCACGCUCGUGGACAUGCAUGAGCGUCCUGACCUGGCCAUUGUGUGUCAUGACACCCAAGAAGUACACACGAUUACCAAAGCCCGGAUACCCUGCAUUUUUAUUUCGACUCUGCCGCGUAUCGCAUCGACUCUGGCAGAGCCUCUGCCCCGCUCGACUGUCCCCAUCACCGAACCCGUCAGUCGCGGACGCCUGGCUCUUGCGUUUUAUCACAUUGUGUGUAAGGGCGACAAGCAAAAAGAGGUGAGCGAACAUUUGCUUGCCACCGAAUCUCACUCGGACAUUCAUGCGCUCACGCUCGAGGCUAUGGCAAGUCACCUGGCCACGGUGUCGACUCGGCAACAGGUUUCAUUGCCGUCAGUCGCUUUGAUGAGCCCAACCAGCCCGUCUGUGCAAGGAGGUGCAUCGAUCAUGCCGACCCUUGACACUCGAACCCCGCCUCUGGCGCAGGCAUCGCCCCAUGUACAUUCUGUCGGCCCUCAAAAGAUCGAUGCACUCGCACCGUCGUCCGACUACUUUACCCAGGCUGUCUCGCGCCUUGCUUCUCAGGCCAAUAUUGCCGGCGGUCGUCUGGUGCACGGUGCAGAUGGUCGACCCGCGGGUCUCUACUUCCAGCCCCGAGAAAGCUCUGCAUCGCAGAAUAGCAAAGCAGGAAGCAUCAAUCCUGCCAGUGAUGCACGCCGCCCACAUAUUCAGACACGUCGGAGUGAUAAGACAGGCAGAUCGACCUCUACCCCAGCGCCGCCCACGCCAUCUUAUCCGACAGCAUCGAUGUUGCGUGCAGCACAAUCACAUUUGCCCAGUGUCAAAGGAAGCGCGUCAGCAGUGCAUGUACCACAGCUGCCCACGACCCUCUCGUUCAGUCAGCGCGACAGCAUGUCACGCCCAAAUGCACCCACUUCGAUUCAGCUGCCACCUCGGAACUUUGAUCCAAAGACCCAGCCGUCACGACCGACACCUUUUGCGCAUUUACCGAGCCGCUCAGUCCGCACUUCAGCUCAGCCGCAGGAAGGUGUAGUCAUCGGCAAGCGUGGUGAGGCGCGGCGUGCGAGUAACGAGGUCUCGUCAUCUCCAUCUGCCUUAGGCGCUGUUUCAUCACCAGCGUAUACACCCUUGCUAUCCCCACAUUCAGUGUCCCGAAUUCAGAAGCGCAAGAUGGCUCUACGCGAAGAAUUUCUGCCGCCCGUCAAUGUGCUCGUGGUCGAAGAUAACAUGGUAAACCAGCGCAUAUUGUCGACUUUCAUGAUGCGGAAAAAGAUCCAGUAUGAUUUGGCUCGCGACGGACGAGAGGCGGUGGAAAAAUGGCGGCGUGGUCAUUUUCAUCUCAUUCUCAUGGACAUUCAGUUGCCAGUGAUGGACGGCAUCGCAGCGACCAAGGAGAUCCGCCGGCUGGAAAACUUGGAUCAGCAGGCAGAAAAUACGGACGAAGGUGGUGAUGCGCCCAUGCAACUUGCGCGACAUUCGGUCAUUAUCGUGGCCCUGACCGCUUCGGUCCACACCAAGGAUCGAGUGGAGGCAUUAGCGGCGGGCUGCAACGACUUUUUGAACAAGCCUGUCAAUCUGCCUUGGCUGCAGCGCAAGAUUUUGGAGUGGGGAAGUAUGCAAUAUUUGCUGCAUGCAGGCCUGACCCCGGGUCCGAGUACGACAGAUUGCGAGCAACAGACUGCGCGGUAUGCUCCCAAGAGCCUCUGGACGCAGGCGGACAUGAAGGCGUAUUCCGUGGCGAGACAUCUUCAUUUACCGAAGCGUUUGCCUUCUUCGACGGAAGAUUCUGAUGAUGAUAACGAUGGCAAGUUCUCGCUGCCACCACCACAGCAUGCCUCGCCAUAG